UGCUGACUGGCGGGGCCGAGGGCCCCGCGGCGGACGCGGCCCUGGAGGGGGCAGAGGCCGAGGCGCGGCCCGAGGCGUCGGAGGACAAUGAGGACGACGACGAGGCGCUGCCGCACUCGGAGGUGGUGGACGUGUUCCAGGAGGGUCUCGCCAUGGUGGUGCAGGACCCCUUGCUCUGCGAUCUGCCGAUCCAGGUUACUUUGGAAGAAGUCAACUCCCAGAUAGCACUGGAAUACGGCCAGGCCAUGACAGUCCGUGUGUGCAAGAUGGACGGAGAGGUCAUGCCUGUGGUCGUCGUUCAGAACGCGACGGUCCUGGAGCUGAAGAAGGCCAUCCAGAGAUAUGUGCAGCUCCGGCAGGAGCGCGAAGGGGGCAUUCAGCACAUCAGCUGGUCCUAUGUGUGGAGGACGUACUAUCUGACCUUCGCAGGAGAGAAGCUUACAGAUGACAGGAAGAAGCUCCGAGAUUAUGGCAUCCGGAAUCGGGAUGAGGUCUCCUUCAUCAAAAAGCUGAGGCAAAAGUGAGCCUCCAGCAAGGACACAGGGGUGGGGGCCAAGUUCUUCCCCUCAGGACAAGCUCUUCCCCUCUUCCCGUUUGGCCGCUGUCUCCUUCACAGAAAGGCAGGUUGCAGCCUCACCCCAAUGUACUCUGUCUCCUCCUUCCCCCGCCAUCUGGAACCAACAGUGUGAACCCCAGGGCUGUCGGGUCCUCAUUUCUCUCCCGUUUACUCGGCCUGAGCCUUACCCCCUCCCAAUGCCCAAACCUGACUACAUGUGGACCCCACGGGGCUGUGGACAUAGUCUUAUAUACAGAAUAAAUCUGUUUGCUUUUUAGUUUGAAAGUCAAAAAGCUAACAUAUCCUGG